GCCUGGACUGGGACAGCAAUGGCGGCCGGCCGGUAGAGCGCGCUGUGAGGCCUUCUCCUCGGGAGGGAAGCGGGAGGCGGAGGAGGAGGAGGAGGAGUAGGCCGCGGACGGCGCGGACAUGUCCGGCAGGGUCGAGAAAGCAGACUCUCAGCGCUCCCACCUCUCUUCCUUCACCAUGAAGCUGAUGGACAAGUUCCAUUCGCCCAAAAUCAAGCGGACGCCCUCCAAGAAGGGGAAGCAGCCCGACCUCCUGGUCAAGUCCCCUGAGAAAACCGUCAACAAGAACCUGACCUGGCUGGAGGAGAAGGAGAAGGACGUUGUGAGCGCCUUGCGGUACUUCAAGACCAUCGUCGACAAGAUGGCCAUCGACAGCAAGGUGCUGGAGAUGCUGCCAGGCUCUGCUAGCAAAGUGCUGGAGGCCAUCUUGCCCCUGGUCCAGGCCGACCCCCGCAUCCAGCAGAGUUCGGCCCUCUCGUCCUGUUACGGCCGCGUCUAUCAGAGCCUUGGCAACCUGAUCCGUUGGUCCGACCAGGUGAUGCUCGAAGGCAUCAAUGCCGAAGACAAAGAGGUGGUCAGCACCGUCAGAGGGGUCAUCAAGGCCGUCCUGGAUGGAGUCAAGGAACUGGUCAAGCUGACCAUUGAGAAGCAGGAGCAUCCGUCCCCCACCAGCCCCGUCAAGCCGAGUUUGCCCGCGUGUACGUCAGAAAGUCCUUCGGAGCUGCCCUUGACAGACCGCGAGAUUGAGAUCCUCAGCAAGACCCCUGUUUCGGGGCCAGCUCCUGAGGCCUUGGCGGAUCCCGGCGACGAAGAGGUGGCCCCUCCCAAGCCCCCGCUUCCUUGCAUCCGGGUGGCCGAAAACAGCCCUCCGCCUGCCUUGCCGCCCAAGAAGCGCCAAUCUGCGCCGUCUCCCACCCGCGUUGCUGUGGUGGCGCCCAUGAGCCGGACCACCAGCGGAUCCAGCCUGCCCAUCGGGAUCAACAGACAGGACUUGGACUCAGACUGCUAUGCACAGCGCAGGCUCUCGGGGGGCAGCCAGUCCUACGGGGGGGAGUCCCCGCGCCUCUCGCCCUACAACAGCAUGGGGAAGCUCAGCAAGUCGGACGAGCAGCUCUCCUCGCUGGACGGCGACAGCGGGCAGUGCUCCCGCAACACCAGCUGUGAGACCUUGGAUCAUUAUGAUCCGGACUACGAGUUUCUGCAGCAGGACCUCUCCAAUGUGGACCAGGCUCCCCCGCAGGUUCCUGGCGCCCUCAGCCCUUUGCCAGAGUCCUUGGGGGAGUCCGGCUCCCCGUUCCUUGCCCGCGCCUUCCAACCGACCCCAGAGCAGUGCAGUUCCCCAAUGGUGUUGGCGACACCGCCGCCUGAGGUGCCCCCCGCUCUACCAGAGAAGAAGCGGCGAGGGGCACCCGGCUCAUCGUGCAGCUUUGAGGCUCCCGGCUGCCGGGCCCUUCUGGAGAGGCACCCCUCGCAGUACGACAACCUCUCGGAGGAGGACCUGCCCAACCCGGCCCUGCUCCCUGCCGUGCCCUUCACCCCCUUCGCCGCUGUGCUGCCCUUCCAGGCGUCCCCCGCUGAGUUCUUGGCCGAUUUCGCCCCUCCGGACCCUGAGAAGCCCCCUCCGCUGCCAGAGAAGAAGAACAAGCAUAUGAUGGCCUACAUGCAGUUUGUGGAGGACUACUCGGAGCCACAGCCCUCCAUGUUCUACCAGACGCCGCAGAGUGAGCACAUCUACCAGCAGAAGAACAAGCACCUGAUGGAGGUCUAUGGCUUCAGCGACUCCUUCAGUGGCCCAGACUCCGCCCCUGACCUGGCCCCGCCCCCAGCCCUCCCACCCAAGCAGCGGCAGCUGGCCUCUUUUGCCACCACCACUUCCUCCUCCUCCUCCUCCUUCUCUCCUCCUGUCUCCUUCUGUGUCCAGCCGCCUCAAGUGCCCUUCGCCCCCGAGGACCACCUCCUCGCUGCCGUCGGCUCCUCUCCGGGCCUCACUAUGUCCGUCUCUAACUCCUUCCUCCACCAGCACAGCGCCUUCCCUGCGCCCCACGCGUACAAGUCCGUGUUCAGGUCUUUCUCGCAAGACUUUGUGCCUCGCAACCAAGUCUCCAUCCCGCCUUUCCUCUCCUCCACUACCUCUGCCGCCGCCAUUGCUGCCACUUCCUCCUCUUCCUCCUCCUCGCCUUUGCCCUUUGCCCUCGCCCACCCCCAGCCUGUGAUUUCUGACCUGGCCGGACACCCCUCCGCGGACGCCACCGCUGCCGUGUCCAGCCCCGCUUCCUCUUCGCAGGAGAGCGGCUCUAACGGGACGGCUCCGGCUUGCCUUCCGUCUGAACCCCCUUUCGCCGCCUCCCUUCAGACGUCUUUGAGCGACCAGGUCCCGGCGCCCGGCGAGGAGGCAGGGGAGGGGGAGUACGUCAACCUCUAUUCCUCCGGCCAAAGCAACGGGGAACUCCCUCGCUCUGGAGGAGGAGGAGAGUCGCCGGUGAUCAGAGACAGCCAUGCAAAGAACCCAACCUCCUUGAGCAACAGCCUUCCCGGGAAGGAAAGCCAAGAGGAGAGUGACAGGCAGCAGAAGGCGCCUGACGAGGCUCUGGCCCCUUCCCGGCUGGACGAGGAAGAGGAAGUGGAUGAGCUCUCACUGACCGAUCACAACGAGAUCAUGGCCCGGCUGACCCUCAAGCAAGAGGGUGAUGACGGACCUGACGUGCGCGGAGGGUCGGGAGACAUCCUCCUGGUUCACGCCACCGAGACCGACAGGAAAGACCUGGUGCUGUAUUGUGAAGCCUUCCUGACGACGUACCGGACCUUCAUCAGCCCUGAAGAACUCAUCAAAAAGCUGCAGUACAGGUAUGAGAAGUUCUGCCACUGUCCAGACACCUUCAAGAAGCGGGUCAGCAAGAACACCUUCUUCGUCCUGGUCCGAGUGGUGGACGAACUCUGCCUGGUGGAGCUGACGGAGGAGAUCCUGCGCCUGCUGAUGGAGCUGGUCUUCCGCCUGGUCUGCAGUGGGGAGCUGAGCCUGGCCCGCGUCCUGCGCAAGAACAUCCUGGACAAAGCCGACCAGAAGAAGAUCCUGCGACACACCAACUCCGCACGGCCCCUCGCCUCCCGAUGGGUGGCCGCCAGGCCGGGGACCCUCCAUGACUUCCACAGCCACGAAAUUGCGGAGCAGCUGACCCUCCUGGAUGCUGAGCUGUUCUAUAAGAUUGAGAUCCCCGAGGUCCUUCUUUGGGCGAAAGAGCAGAAUGAGGAAAAGAGCCCCAACUUGACCCAGUUCACCGAGCACUUUAAUAACAUGUCCUACUGGGUGCGCUCCAUCAUUAUGCAGCAGGAGAAAGCGCAGGACCGCGAGAGGCUGCUCCUCAAGUUCAUCAAGAUCAUGAAGCACUUACGGAAGCUCAACAACUUCAACUCCUACCUGGCCAUCCUCUCGGCCCUGGACUCGGCCCCCAUCCGCCGCCUGGAGUGGCAGAAGCAAACUUCGGAGGGCCUGGCCGAAUAUUGCACGCUGAUUGACAGCUCCUCCUCCUUCCGGGCCUACAGAGCCGCCCUCUCCGAGGUGGAGCCCCCCUGCAUCCCUUACCUAGGCCUUAUCCUGCAAGACCUGACCUUCGUCCACCUGGGGAACCCGGACCACAUCGAGGGCAAAGUCAACUUCUCCAAGCGCUGGCAGCAGUUCAACAUCCUGGACAGCAUGCGGUGCUUCCAGCAAGUGCAUUACGACAUCCGGCGCAACGACGACAUCAUCUCGUUUUUCAACGAUUUCAGCGACCAUUUGGCUGAGGAGGCUUUGUGGGAACUCUCGCUCAAGAUCAAGCCCCGGAACAUCACCCGGCGGAAGACAGACCGCGAAGAGAAGACCUAGGGUUUGGGGAGAAGUGGGGGGUCGCCUUGGGGGAGUGGGGCUGAAGGAUGGGUGGACCUCCCCACGGACAGAUGGACAGCAGUUCCGAGGGUCGUUGGGCCUGCGACCCUCCCAAGGUUUGCGAGGAUGGACCGUUGGCACACGGUGCCACUUCUUCCCAUCAGGCUGUGCGAGAGGGCGGCCAUGUCGGCCUUCCGCUCUCCUCCUGCUGCUGCUAUUUGGUGGGAAUCGUGACCGGAUCGGAGCCAACCUGCCUCAACUUUGCCAAAUUUUUUUGAGUUUUCCAUACGAAAGAGAGAUGGUUUGCUUCCGUUUCUGCACAGAGCGAUGCCAAGCUCCUGUUGCGCCCUUUUUCGGGUGCCAAGGACACUCCACCUCGAGUAACUUCUUAUAAGAAAGAGAAGGAACUCCACUUCAAGUUACUUCUUCUAACAAUGAGAAGGAACUCCUCCUCGAGUUACAUCUUAUAAGAAAUAGAAGGAACUCCAAUUUAUAAUAAAGAGAAGGAAAUCCCUCUUGAGUAACUUCUUCUAAGACAGAAAAGGAACACUUCAAGUUACUUCUAAGAAAGAGAAAGAACUACUUCUCGAGUAACUUCUUAGACGAAAGAGAAGGAACUCCACUUCAAAUUACUACUUCUAAGAAAGAGAAGGAACUCGAUCUUGAGUUCCUUCUCAGAAGAACUCAAACCUCAAGUUUCUUCUUGUAAAGAAGAGAAGGAACUCCGCCUCGAGUUACUUCUAUGAAAGAGAAAGGAACUCCAGUUGGAGUUACGUCUUAUGAGAAAAAGAAGGAACUUCAUGCAAGGAGGAAGGAGUUACAUUCUGCCCUGCAGAGUCUGUGUUUACAAGAGUCGUCCCGUUUCCGCAUCUCCAGCAAAGACGAUAGGAACCCCUUUCUGGGAAUCCCGCGGACUCCAGGACCCAGCAUCCCCCCUCCCCGGCGUGUGUUUUAGUCAUGGUACUAGCAGUAAAUAUGUAGAGAGAGAGAGAGAAAAAAACCCACCUGUACAUAGGAAUCCCUCGGUGCCGCCGGUCCCUUUUUCUUUCUUUUUGAUGCAUGUCUGAAUGGGUUUUUGAAUGAGGAACGCACCAAGACGCAAAGCAAAAUCUGUAUAGGAAACGAGGGAGAAAGACGUCAUGUUGGGACGAGGGAGGCUUGCGGUUUGCAUUGAAAGUCCUUAUUGUGAAUGAAGGGGAAGGAAGAGGAUUCCGGUGUCUUCUUACGAGCCGGAAGAGGUUGCCAUCUCUGCAUAUGAGGCUUCCGUUGCCAGAUUCUGGAAGAUCAUCUCCAUGCAACACGUGGACGAUAUUCUGUUAGUCCUAAGCCAGAAGAAGUGUUGUGAUCUCUAUGUAUGAUGCCUCCAUGCUGGACUUUUGAAGAUCAUCUCCAUGCAGUAUGUGGACGAUAUUCUCCUCUUAGUCCUGAGCCGGAAGAGGUUGCUAAACUCCGUUGCUAAACUCCAGAAGAUCAUCUACAUGCAAUACAUGGACGAUAUUCCCCUGUUAAUCCCGAGCCAGAAGAGCUUGCCAUCUCUGCAUAUGAGGCCUCUGUUGUCAGACUCUGGAAGAUCAUCUCCAUGCAAUACAUGGACGACAUUCCCCUGUUAGUCCUGAGCCGGAAGAGGUUGCCAUCUCUGCAUAUGAGGCCUCCGUUGCCAGACUCUGGAAGAUCAUCUCCAUGCAACACGUGGAUGAUAUUCCCCUGUUAGUCCCGAGCCGGAAGAAGUGUUGCUAUCUCUCCGUACGAGGACUCCAUUGCUGGACUCUGGAAGAUCAUCUCCAUGCAACAUGUGGACGAUAUUCUCCUGUUCAGUCCCUUCCUGGCAUGAUGGGAGCUGUAGUCCGACACCACAAAGGGAUCACAGGCCCCUUGAGGUUGACUUUCGGACUCUGGCCAAACCUGUGUCCCUUUUCUGCCCGAAUCCUCUGCUAUUUAUUGUGUAAGUAAAUGGGGAGUUGGGAAUCAGAGAAGGUUGAGUUUUGCAGUGGGAUCAGCAUUCCUAUAACUUCGGCCCUCCGGGUGUUUUGGACUUCAACUCCCACAAUUUGCUGUGAGGAAUUGUGGGAGUUGAGGUCCAAAACAACCGGAGGGCUGAAAUUGGCCCAUGCCUGCCAUAUAUAACCCUUGCUAUCCGGAAGCCUCCCUCGGCCUGACACUCAUGGGUUUUGUGAUCCUAAAAGCAACACCAACAGGGAACAAGAACAGAUCCAUCUGAUCCAUCAAAUCCCAUGACUUCUUUUUCCCCCAUAGGGAAGCGAGGCUGCAAAGUCUCUGUUUUGUGUCCCUCUUGUUUCCGGUGCAUGCCUUGGUUGCCAAGAUUAAAGCGACAAUCGAACCCAA